AUGACUACCGGUGUAAAAACUUUGUACGCUGGAAGACAGAGGUAUAUCUUCAUGGUAAAAUAUGGUGAAUCGGCUUGGAUGUUCAGUUGA